ACUCCCUCCCGGGUGAAGAAAUUCUGCAAACUGCAUUCACUGAAUAGGGUGCCUCCUCUAAUUUUGUAAUCUGUAAUCAUUUUUGAGCGGCUUCUGUUGCAUUUCGGCCGAGCAUCACAGCAGGGACCCGCUUCCCCUUUCUCAGAUUGCUGCACACACCCCUUCACGGAGAGGAAGGGAUCGGGACCCCCGCUUCCCGUUUUCUAGGACAGUCAGCACUCAGGCGGGGGGAGCGCUGCAAAGAACUCCUCCCGGCCCAGGUUUCAACCGCCCCCUCCCAGGACAGCCUCGGUGCUGGAGGGAGUCGCCGGCUCAACGACCAGAGGCGCCGCCGGCGAGGAGAAGCGGUCUGCACGCCGAUCCGGUUUCUCCUGCCGUGGGAACGGGGCGAGCAGCGCUCGGAGCAGGAGGCUCGGCUAGCCACUCCGCCGAUAGGAAAAAAAGCGCCCCGCGGUUGCCGGGAGGAUCGCCCGGGCCAAAACGAAAGUUUUGGAGCUCUGCGACCUGCGAACUGAGAUAAGCAAUUUGCGCUGCAAGCAGAGCUCUUUUUUGAAUUGGUAUGGCUAUUUGGAGGACGGCAGGUGCCUGGGUGUGAGUCAAAUCACAAGGGCCAAAGGACUCUUGGCCUGUUGGCUUGCAGCCUGUGGCCCAGCCCUCUGGAAGUUAUCCCUGCCCUGGACGCCAUGUGGAGAAGUGGUGGGCAAGCAAUGCUGCAUCAACAUCUGGUGCAGUAGGGCAGGGAGAGCCACCCAGAGGAGACGGCUGGGAUCUCUGGGUUAUUGCUCUGGAAGGAAGGAGGGCGAGUACGCACCAUUCUGAAUGUUUUUCACGGUGUGACAGACGAGUUGUCGUCUCCCUGUGUUCCUACUCAGAUCCAGGAACCGGCAAGAGAUUUCUCGCUCUUGGGAACGAGUCAGGAGAGAUCCCGUGUCAGUGGAUGUUGGUGCAAGGACCCAGCUGAAAGAUGAAGCACCUUUGGGCGUGCCCUUUGCUCCUGGUAGCUUUUCUGCUGGGGGGCUGCUCUGGUUCUUCCUGGCACUCCCUGCGCUAUUUCAGCACAAUUAUAUCGGAGCCUGACCGGGAUGUGUCUGAUUUCAUUGCUAUGGGAUACGUGGAUGAUCAGCUUGUUGGUCACUAUGACCGCAGCCGGAAGAGGAUAGUCCCUCAGACAUCCUGGGGGAAGAAGAUGGAAAAGGGUGAACCACAAAUCUAUGGCAAGAUCUCCCAGAGAAUAAAAAAUAAUGAGUUUGGGAUGAAGGAAGACCUGAGGAACCUGCAGAAUCUCUACAAUCAAAGCAGAGGGUUGUACAUCAUGCAGCGCAUGAUAUCCUGUGAAUUGAGCAAGGACGGGCACAAAAAAGGGUUUUACCAGUUUAGCUACAAUGGGGAGGACUAUCUCAACUUUGACCAGGAGACGCUCACCUGGACGGCAGCCAUUGUGCCAGCUCUGGUGACCAAGAGGGAGUGGGAUGCUGAUGUGGCUUUUUGCCAACUCCUCAAGUUUUUCCUGGAGGAAGAAUGCAUCAGUUGGCUGCAGAAGUUCCUGGACUACGGGCAGGAGUCUCUGCUGUGGAGAGAACCUCCAACAGUGCGAGUGACACUCAAGGCAUCCUUUGAUGGCCUGGAAACCCUCGUCUGUCGUGCCCAUGGCUUCCACCCCAAAGAGAUCUUUGCCACUUGGAGGAAGGAUGGGGAGGUCUUGGAGCAGGAGACCUUUCGUGGGGGUGUCGUCCCCAACUCGGACGGGACUUACCACACCUGGCUGAGCAUCAAGAUCCACCCCGAGGACAGGUUCCGCUAUCGGUGCCGCGUGGAACAUGACGGCCUACCGGAGCCUUUGGAUGUGGCCUGGGAGGAGCCUGUCUCAUCCAAGACGGGGCUCAUUGCUGGAGUCCUUAUGGGGGUCGUGGCUUCCAUCCUCUUCGUGGCUGGGAUCAUUUGCCUCCUCCGGAAAAGGCGAAGCAGCUACCAGGCGGCCCGUAAAGCACCUCCAAUAAACGACCAGGAGGCCUGAGAAUCUGCCCAAGAUGUGAGAAGAGGCAAAAGGGAAUCCCCAAUAAUCUCCUCCAGAGCUCCAGCUAGACGUCAGAACUGUUUGCUACUCAACCUAGUCCUGUCUCCACUUCGCAGAGAGGCUUGGCUGAGAGAGGGUGGGUGCUGAUGGGGUUGGUGAUGCCUUUCGGCCGGUGGUCCUUUUUUUGCCAAUGAACUUGCGUCAGUUCUUUGCAGCUGAAAAGAUGAUUCAUGGGUUAACAGUAGGGUUUCUGGUAAGUUUUUCAUAUUGACUGCACUUGUUUUUGACUUCCGUUGUAGUCUGUCUGUUACUACUUUGGCCACACUGGAUGAUAAGCUAUUUGGUUGAAUGGAUGUGAUGUCCUAGAAUGUUCAGGAUCAUUCUACCUUCUCAAGGUGAACAUGUCAGUAAAGUGGCCAGCACAACUUCUAUAUGAGGAAGUGCUUAAUUUGGGAAACAGAAGAUCUUGAAUCUGUGGGGUGGGUGGGGAGCUGUUGGUGGAUGAAGAGUUGCUCAGGAAAUAAAAAGCCUUAGGGUUUGAAGCUGAAGGAGAAGUGAGCCUAGAGGGAAGAAGGCUGAAGGAAGCUGAAUGGACUGACGUGGCCCUGAUGAAAUCUGAGGUAGAAACAUAGAGGCUACUUCCAAGGGUGAAUCUCAGCCACUGGUCUGCCUCUGGGAAGAAUUUGGUAUUGGCUGCAACUUGAUUUGCCAGAGCCAAGGCCAAGUUCUUACAUUUGUCCAUCUGGGCUGGGAAAGGGUAGAGAUGGAAGGUCGUGAAACAGGUGCUACCUUUCUCCCUAGGCACAGCGAGGCAAGUCCAUAUUGGUGGCAGACUUCUUCCUUCAUUCCCACCAGGCUCCUCAAGUGAGUGGAUGGGGUGGGGGAGUGGGUAUCUUUUUAUUCCCCAAUCCAGAGUGCAGGAAAGGAGAGGAAAUCUGCCUCUUCCUCACCAUUUUGGCAUUUUUCUUCAGCAUGGCUGUCUUCUAGUAUUGGAGCUCAGCUGGCAGAAAAAAUGCUUCGAACUGUGGAACAGGGCAAGUAAAAGUGUGGGAGGACCGAGGGAUUCGAUCCCCCCCCCACUUACCUCUUCCGUUUUGUUAAAAGCAAAACAGAGCUGACCCCCAGUUGUUUCCCAGGCCUGCCAGGUCCCUCAAAGCUGCUAUUUGAUCAGACCAGUCUUUGGAGAGGUUUCUCCUUGUUGCACCUUCCUUCAGGCACACGUAACAUGGUCCUCCACAGCCAGAGUUUGUGCUUCCUCUGAGAUCGUACCAAUGUUACUGAACAGCAGGCCAGGGAAAGUAUGAAGGAUCCCCGCUUCCCUUCAGUGUCAUAAACUGUAAGAUCCAGAGGAGUUGGUCGUGUUAGUCUGCAGUAGCAAAAGAGCAAAGAGUCCAGUAGCACCUUUAAGACUAACCAACUUUACUGUAGCAUAAGUUUUCGAGGACCACAGCUCUCUUCGUCAGAUGCAUAAACUGUAAGGCGACUGUUUCUUCCAAACGCCUCUUUUUCUGAGACUGUUGGUGGCAGUGUCACAUUUUCUAAAAGUGUUAUUGUAAGUUGACUUGUGAUUUAAUUUUCUAUAGUGUUUUAAUUGUUUUUUUACAAUUUGUA